AUGCCAUCUGCUGUUGCUGGCAGUACCCGCGUUCCUCAAAACCAUCAUCACCACCCACAUUCCACCACGAUCCCACCACGCGCUCGCCACGUUGAUGUUCCUACACCGGCCCAGCCUACUUCUGACGUAACCGUCUUCAGCAACAGCAAUUCGUCCGCUGAUCAGGAGCCCACCAGCCCUACACUUCUCCGCCGCUACCUCUCCGCCGACAAAGUGGAUUCCUUAUCGAAAUCGACAGCUCGCGCGCACAAUCGACUGGCCUCACUUGGCCGCAUACGCUCUCGCGGCAGCAUACAUAACGCCGCUCACUCGCGAUCGGCCGUCGCACGAGAGCCUCUGCCGCAUCGAGGCGAGACACUACCGGUCCAGCACGCGGUGCCUGUCUCGCCCUCGGAAACGGGCUCACACAAGCCUUCCGACACAUCAACGUUGUCUAACUCGUCGUCCGAGACGACCUUAUCUGACGACAAAUCGGACGAUACAAAGUCGUUAGACGAGCAACCGCUCAUCAACCCUGCCUGGUCUUCUCCACUAUCCGAUUCGCCACAGCACUUUGACGGGCAAGACGACGCCAAUCCCUACGUCAGGGCCAACCGACUCGCACCACGCAUGAUGCAUCAAACAUCAUCGAGACUGCUUCGCAUGACGGCGGACGAGAGGCCGUUCACAAGGGACUUCAAGGACUUGUUCUCUACGCUCAUGGUCAGCCUGCCAUUAACACCCCACCGAGUACGAUUCACACGAGUCGAACACACCUUCACCACAGAAGAAGCAAUCACCAAUUUAGGGUCGUUAAAGUUCUCGCAAUCGAAUCGCAUGCCUGACCCGAAGGACCCAUCGCGCAUCGUCACCACCACGACAACCACCACUUUCUCGAUGGCGAAAGAGAUGGCCCGAUCGGUAUGCACACGCUUCCUUGAUGCAAGAUUCGUGGAAUCAGUAGAUGGCAAAACAGACUUCACCUCGAGAAGUUCGGUAUGGCAGCUUACACCGAAGGGUAUGCAUGUAUUGGCAAGAUUCUGUCAACGAAACGGCAUACACCAAAGACACGUGAACGAGGUGCUGGACUCGCCACGAAACAUGAUGUCUCUGGUCAUAUUGGAGCGACAGUCGGAUUCGGAUAAGCUCGUGGAUGAUGCGCCGACCGUGCAUGUAGUCUUCAGACGAUUCGCAGGCGACACCGGUCCAAACCUCAGAGUCAACACGGCACGAUCCGACUCGGACUCCAUGGACGAUUAUGCCACGGGACUAGUUGGUGUGAAGAUGCAGAGAUCGAGGAGGAACGAACAGGAAGUCCCGUACACUUUCACAGGCAAGGCCGCUUUCGACUGGCUCAUGGACUGCUGUACGGUCGUUGACAAGCGCGAAGUGUUCGAGAUUGCACGAUCGUUCAUGCAACACGAACUUAUUGCUGUUGUGGGCGAUGAGCGAGGGCCACCGCAGAACGGGAGCUUUCAAGCAUCAAAGCACAUGGUCUAUGGCAUCACGCAAAAAGGCAUGCGCGUCGCAGGCUGGGUCACAAGUCCUAACGGGACAGUGAAUGGCGAGGCGACCACACAGCAACGGAUACCAAACGGUGUCAUCCGCGACUCCAACACCAACCGCAUGACUGUCAUUAUCCGUGACCCUGCGCUCAGGCUUCUGUUCAGGGAGUACUUGCGAGAGACACACUGCGAAGAGAACUUGUCUUUCUACGUUGAAGUCAAAGCGUUCUUGGCCGAGUACGAGAGGGCGAAACGUGAUGGCGCCUCACCACGACUGGAUGUCAUCAGGGAAACGCUCGCAUCAGCUUACAGCUUGUACAACGCCUUCCUUGCACCCGGCUCGCCCUGCGAGCUCAAUAUCGACCACAAUCUACGCAACGCGUUAGCUGGAAGGAUGACAAGGGCGGUGGGAGAAGACGAGCAGAUGCUUCGCAGCUUGGAUGAGGUAGCCGUGCUCUUUGACCAGGCACAAAGCAGUGUCUUUAAGCUGAUGGCUAGCGACUCCGUACCAAAGUUCUCACGUGAGCCGAAAUACGCCGCCAUCCUACGCGAGCGCAACCUGGAUUCGAUGCUCACCAACUUCGCUGCGACCUCAAUAUGA